UGGGCGGGGGAUGCCGUCGCCAGUCACACCCCCUCCCGCCUGGGCCGCGAUGGUAGGGUCCGGACUAAAACAAUGGUCGAAGGUCGCCGUCGCCAAGCAGCGCGACUGCGUUUCCAGUUCCGACUCGGCGGCCGGGAAGCCCUGGGGUCCGGGACCUCGAGGAGCGCGGGUCGCGCCGCCACAGGGGCCGCUGUCGGCUCUGGGAGCGUCCCUUCCGGCGCGUCGCUUCCGGCCGGUUGCGGGCACCUCCGUCUGAGGCGCGGCCCGCCCCCGGCCCGGCGGCCGCGUAGAGCGGGGCGGAGGGACGAUGGCCGCCCCACGGUGAGGCGCUGCCCGCCCGGCCUCCGCUCCACACAGGACGGAAGGCUCUGCUCGGGCCUUCCUUCCGCGAUGCGGCCUCUCCUACACCCCAGCCUCACGCCGAGCCCUCGGGGCGUGGGAGCCCACCCUCCGCGGCCACCAGGCCCCGUGCCGGGCGCGCCCCGGCCAGCAGCAGGCGGCCCCGGUCGUUUCCCCGGAGGCCGCCCUCUCCGACGCGCGGUCCGCGGCCCACUUUAAACGCCGCGCGCCCUUAAGGCCCCGAAGUGAGGCGGGGUCGCCCGGUGUCGAGAGGGCGCCGCGCCCCCCACCCGCCCUGCCCGGAGGCCUCGCCCCCUCGGCGCUCCCCGAAGUCGGGUGGCCCACCUAGUGGGGUGGGCGCCCUGUCCACGGCUGCGAGCGGCCCGCGCGGUCGCCGAUGCUCGGCGCUCUCCCACCCCCGGCUGUGCACGGAGACCCCGCGCUGGCUGUCUUCCCGCGGCCCCGCUGCGACCGGUGGGUGGAGAGACCGCGGCGUGGGGGAAGGGGCCCCCUGGUCCCGCAGCACGGCGUCCCGUUAUGCGCCCCGGAAUAGGGGCUGUUUUCCCGCCGGAGAGCAGAGGCUCGGGCGCGCUCGCGCCUGGAAGGCUCCCCCGGCCCUCUAGCUUCCGGGCUCACGUCGCGGGCGGGGGGCGUCCUCGAUGCCUCGGGGCUUUGUCUAGGGGUGGGUGGCCAGUUUACGCGGAAAACGCUGAAUAAAAAAACGGUAAAGGUUGCCUCCGAUGGUCGCCUGUUGCUGUCGGGACCCGAGCCCGCCCCGCUGGCCUGUUCCCAGUCCCUCUCCUCCGAGAGGCCCCAGCCCACCCCGGGGCCUUCGCGCUCGCCGUGCCGCUCACGUCCCCGCUCCGAGAGACCCCUCGCCUUUGGGCCGGUAGCACCGGCCCUUGUUCUCCACCUCGCCGGGCCCGCCCUUUCUCCACGAGCCUGCGGCUCCCGGAGUCGCCCUCCCACUCCUAAUCCCGCCUCGCACACCCGAAGGCGCGGGACGCACCCGCGGCCGCGCGUCCUCGCUGCGGGGGCCGAUGGGGGGGGGCGUGUCACGGUUCCUGGGCUUCUCGAGUUUUAUGCCCCCGAGGCGGACACGGCCCCGGAGCGAACCCAGGACAAGUACUGCUUCUCUCUGAAAGCUCCUUGAGUCGCGUGGUUUAAGCAAGAAGAACAGGCCGUGGAAACACGAACUGGAGUCCAGGAAGGCGUCUGUGACCCCACCAGGACUUGGAAACUUGUAGACUUGCAGAAGAAAAAACUUUACCUGUGUACCCAUCUCCCAGCCCCUCCUGCUGACGUCUUACCUGAGCUUAGUUCGAUUUACUUGAGCCUGCGUCCCCUGGCGAGGGGCGAGUGACGGCCACCACUCCCCGGGUGGUGCAGGCCUUCACCCGGGAGCCAGCCCGACCCAUGCUGCCCACGGUCCGGAGGAGACAAGCAUGUCAGCCUCAGCAAAACCCUCGGCGCCGGCAGAGCUGGCCCCUGGCCCCGAGGACCAGCCCAAGGGGAAGCCGCUCCUCGGCUGGGGCUCUCUCUUCGGCCCCCGCAGCGAGAAGAUUGUUUUCAGCAGGAGCGAGGGCGCCCCCGAGGAGAACGUGCUCACCAUCACCAUCACGGAGACCACGGUCAUCGAGUCGGACCUGGGCGUGUGGAGCUCCCGGGCUCUGCUCUACCUGACGCUGUGGUUCUUCUUCAGCUUCUGCACCCUCUUUCUCAACAAGUACAUCCUGUCCCUGCUGGAAGGGGAGCCCAGCAUGCUAGGUGCUGUGCAAAUGUUGUCAACUACGUUUAUUGGAUGCAUUAAAAUAUUUGUUCCUUGCUGUUUAUAUCAACACAAAACCCGGCUUUCUUAUCCCCCCAAUUUCAUCAUGAUCAUGCUGUUUGUGGGUCUAAUGAGGUUUGCGACGGUGGUUUUGGGUCUGGUCAGCCUGAAAAACGUGGCGGUUUCGUUUGCUGAAACAGUGAAGAGCUCUGCUCCCAUUUUCACCGUGAUUAUGUCCCGGAUGAUCCUCGGGGAGCACACGGGGCUGCUGGUCAACCUCUCGCUCAUCCCCGUCAUGGGAGGCCUGGCACUGUGCACGGCAACGGAGAUAAGCUUCAACGUCUUGGGGUUUUCGGCCGCGCUGUCCACCAACAUCAUGGACUGUUUGCAAAAUGUUUUUUCAAAAAAGCUCCUCAGCGGGGACAAAUACAGGUUCUCGGCCGCGGAGCUCCAGUUCUACACCAGCGCGGCGGCCGUGGCCAUGCUGGUCCCCGCCUGGAUCUUCUUCAUGGACUUGCCGGUGAUUGGGAGAAGUGGGAAGAGCUUCAGUUACAGUCAGGACGUCGUGUUGCUGCUGAUGAUGGACGGCGUCCUGUUCCACCUGCAGAGUGUCACGGCCUAUGCCCUCAUGGGCAAAAUCUCCCCCGUCACUUUCAGUGUCGCCAGCACCGUGAAGCACGCCUUAUCCAUCUGGCUCAGUAUUAUAGUGUUUGGCAACAGAGUCACCAGCCUGUCAGCCAUCGGCACCGUCCUAGUGACGGCUGGCGUCCUGCUCUACAACAAAGCCAAGCAGCGCCAGCGGGAGGCCAUGCAGAGCCUGGCUGUGGCCGCCAGCCCAACGCCAGAGGACGAAGCGGAGCCACUGACCCCCAAGGACCCCAGACCACACCACUGAGCUCUGGAAGCUGCGGCAGGUGGCCAGGGCCCCCAAGCCGCUGCCCACUGCUGCUGUUCCCCUCACCAACGCAGACACCCGGCCUCCUUGGGUCAGUGGGGUGCAGGAGGCCACGGGACGGGCCGCCUUCGCUGCUCCCAUUUCAGGUUUUCAGUGAAAACCAAUGGGAGCUUGAACGGGGAUCCCAAAUGUCCGCUUCCUGGGGUGGAGACCGGAGCCAGCUGCCGCUGAGCCACGGCCAGAUAAUGUGAAAUCUGCCUCCUGCUGACCCUGUGCUGAGCACUCGCGAGGGGGUGGGACUUCCAGAUGGCCUCUGCACCCCCGUCACCAGCUUGCAGGUCUGGUUGCAGUUAGGCCACGCCCUCGUUCUCUGUGUGUGACAGCUACCGGGGACCCCUGUGAAGUGACAGCUGGAUCCGGGUGCCAACGCGCACUGCUCCCCACUGCUCAGUGCCAGCACAGAGAGCUCAGCUCCCCCUGCUUGCCGUCAAAGGCCCGUGAAGGCACACUCUGCUCCUGGGCCAUCUGGGGAGACUGUCAUGCUGAGAAAGGGCCAAGGCGCCCAUGGCCUGGGCCGGAGGCCACAGCAGCUGAGUGCACAGAGCUAGGAGAGUGGAAAGGGAUCAGACGGGCACAGAAAUGAGGGUCCCUGCUCCUGUGGGCAGGAUGUUGGGCCCUUGCCUUCCUGCCCCAGAGCUGCCAGCAUCCAGCACCACUUCGGGAAAGGUGCCCCGCCCCUUUCAGGGUCUCCACCGCACUAGGCCCUCCACCUCCCGAGAGUCCCAACCCUCACCUGUGGCUGGCGCUUCAGUCAGGGACCCCCGAUGUGGUGAUUGCUGGUCACAGAGGUAGAGGACAGACAUCUGUAGUGUUUAACUCAGGAUGGGGACAUACUGACCUUCCCUUUUGUUUUCUGGGCCUUUGUGUGUAACAGAGGCUGUUCUGAAGGGUUCCCUGCAGGUGCCCCUGCCAUCACUCACCUGGUCGGGAGCCACGCCAUAUUUUGUCUCAAGCACAAGGGUGUUAAGGUUUUCUCUCAUGAAUGAAUGAGCAGGUGGAGUGCUGGGAAGAUCUUUUGGAGUGUUUAUGGCUUUUGUCACACUGCAUUCAAAAUGACUGUGAAGGUGUUAAAGAAGAAAACCCAGGCACGGGUGGCUUCUGGAAAGCACCCUGUAUGGCAAGUAACCCGUACUGAACCCACAGCCUGGCUCAGCCUGGCUCUCCCCUCCCAGAGCGAUGGACCCACCACGCUGGGUAUCUGAGCCCUGUGUCGGGUUGAGGCUCCUGACCUCUUCACCCUAUUCCUCUUCCCACAUCCUGGUGGGGUUUCUGAUCGGGGCACGUCUGCUGCCAGCCAGGCUUUAAUACCUCUCCGUGGCACCAGGUUCAAGCUCUGGGGUGUGUCAUGUGCAGCCCAACACAGAGGAUGAGGUUGGCCACACGGCUGUCUGGGGCCUGCCUGCUGCAGCUGAGUGAACCAGCCGACAGGAGCGCUUCAGGCACUGGUGGUUCCCUCAUCUGAUUUCCCCUCCCUGCCGUUCAGGUCCUUGGUUCCCAUUAUCUUUUCACUGGUUUUCCAGUUGACUGGUCAACUGGAAAGUAUAUUUAAAAAGGCCCUCCUGGAGAGCAAAUCUCUUGGAAACAAAGAGCAAUAAUAAGUCUCAUUAAGUUCUGCCUACUUGAAAAAGUUUGCCAUGAUGGUGGGUAAAACUGAGGCCUUUAAAACUGUAACCUUUUUAUGAAGCUGACUUCCUAUGUCCAGAGCACAGGCAGGGGUGUGCUCGCCCGCACGCCACGCUCACCUCCACUGUGAAGACGUUUCUCCUGAGACUUUCCCCAGGUUUCUAUCCCUUCCUCUCUCCUUCCUCCACAAAAAACACCGAAGAGUACUUGCUGGAGGCGGCUUGGGCAGCGGGAUGUGCUGGGUCUGUGAGGCCCAGUGGGAAAGGACAGCUUCCAGAGGGCCCUGCCUCUGCCCUUAACAAUGUGGCUGCUGUGGCCGGCUGUGGCCAGCUGCUGACAAGAUGUGAGCAGAGAAGGAGACACGUCUACGGUCAUCCUGUUGCAAGAUUGUCACGUUGGCCUUCUCACAGACGUCCUCAUCCAAGUAACCAGGUAGGCGGCACCUGCUUCUGAGCCUCGUUAGGGACCCGGGUCCGAGUCUCUUCUGGAACCAGCGCCCUGCACACCACAUGUGCCCCGCCUCCUGUCACAAGUGGUUUUCUGCCGGUUUUGAUUUUCCAAAUUCUUGGACCAGAAACAAAAUGAAGAUUUCUCCAAAUUAUUAGUAAAUGAGGUAAUUUCCAACAAAGCUGCUUUUGAAACAUUUCCUAAGAACCCAAGCUGUGGCCAGCACUGCCCGUGCCUGGGGCUUACAUUCCUUCUUUGUAUGGUCUCCACCCUGAAGCCGUCCGUGUCCUGCAUGUCUGGGACAACCCUGCCAGGAGACAAAACAUGGCCUGUCGUGGCCGUUUGUUUAAUGAAUGUACAGACAUACGUUUUUUAUUAACUUUGUGUAGUAGUGUUUAUAGUAUGUUUAUAAUACAUUGCAAACAUGCUUGUGUCAUUGUCGUCACUUACACGGGUCAUUUCCUAUGUCCAUGGUCAUUGUCUGUGCCUUUGUAAAGAAACACUUCAAACAGGUGUCAGGUCGGGUCGGGUCGAUACCUUACCUACGUCGAUACUUCUAAAUAUACAUGUAUCUGACUUUCAAGGAAACUUCCACUAUGAGUGGCAUAAAAACCUUGGGUUUGGUUUUUUUUUUUUUUCCGACAGUCACAGUUGCAUGUCAUCGUUAAAAUAAUCUGCCCUGGAAAGCUGAGCAUAUUCUUGCACAAUCCAAAAAUGUGUCUUUAAUUUGAGAAAAAUAGGCAUGGUGAAUCCAAAGCUGUAAAAUGCUGCACAAAGAGUAUCAAACGAAGUUGUGCUUGUAGCCCAUGCUGGAGAUUUUUUUCCCAAAACCAGUGGGUUUUUGCUUGUGAACGGUCACUUGGACAGACCAGUAGGUUUGACAGACGCAUAUCAUGGCUUUUUACAUCUGUCUGAGUGUCGUGCUUUCCUAAGGCCUGGAGGAUUUUCAGUUUCCCUGGGUUGGAAAAAUUAAUCAAGGACGCUACUGCAGAUAGAAUUCUUUUGCCUUUGACCGUCAUACUAAGGGCUUUAUUCUUUCACAAAAUCCAUACAUACUCUGGCUGAAGCGUCUUCAUUUCCUUAGUUUACAACUAUAAAUGUCCCAGCCCCCCUGGUCAAUCUGCCUGUUUCCCUGUGUCCUGGCUGGUGAGCCAAGAGCAGAGGUGAGGUUGUGCUGACCACCCUCCAGCUCAGGUGGAAAACCUUCGAUUUUGCUGUCCUUGAAGUUUCUUCCAGUUUUCCUGAGGGUUCUGAUUCUGAGUUUGAUGGCCACUGGAUCUGUGCCCCGAUUUCCAAACAGAGCUGGAAACUGUCCUAACUGGUAGAAUCUUUUGUUGUCUUUUUUCUUUCUGUUUCAUUGGAGUAAAACCUGCAUUCACCUGAUUGGCCAUUUCUAGUCUUUGCAGAUGUGUGAGUGGAGUCUGAACCUGCCCAGGGGGUGUUGUGGGACCCAUGAGGAGGGCCACAGUCACCGUGACUUUCCCACACUGAAAAACUUGAAAAUCCUAUCAGUAAUUGUCUGCAUCAGAACCAAGUGCGAUCUGCUUCAUACCAAACAAAAGUGUGGACAACUGAAAGCGCAUUGUACAAGAUGUGUAUCGUGUUCUUGUAUUUCACCUAAUUCAGUAUUCGAGUGACUAAAUCAGUACUUUCUAGAAAGUGGUUCUAUUAAAUAAUUUAGUGAGUCACUGUUAAAUCUACUGUGGUAAUAAACUGAUGCCUCUUGGCUCUUUUUGUCUAAAUUAAGCCACUUGGUAGCGACUACCUAGGACUCUGGUUCUCUCAAAAUACAAUAAAUGUUAACAGUG